AUGCACCUGCGGCGACUCCUGGCCGUGACAGUGCUGCGCCCUCUCGUCGCAGCCGGUUUUGCUGGACCAGAUGUACUCGACCUGGUUGAUCCGCUGAUUGGGACCAUCGCGGGCGGCCAUGUAUUUCCUGGCGCGAGCUUGCCCUUUGGCAUGGCAAAGGCCGUUGCCGAUGUAAACGAGGAACUCCAGGGAGGCUUUGCCUCUAAUGAUGCCGACAUCACUGGCUUCUCGCACAUGCAUGAUAGCGGCACUGGUGGUGGCGCAUCAUUGGGCAACUUCCCUCUAUUUCCACAGACGGGAUGUCCUGGUGAUCAGUUCCACAACUGCCUUUUCACAAAGUCUGAUCGGGCCAUCAAGAGAGUCAAUGGCACCGUCGUUGCGCGUCCUGGGUACUUUGCGGUAUCGCUCGUCUCGUCGAUCCGCGCCGAGAUGACCGUCGCCAACCACACGGCUCUAUAUCGAUUUACGUUUCCCAAAGGAGGGACUGGCGAGAGCCAACGGACACAUGAAGUUACGAAUGCUCCGGCACCAUAUAGCCCUCUGAUUCUUGCUGAUCUGACGGAUCUCUCCAAUUCAAGGAGCGAGGGAAGUGUCACGGUGGAUGCAAGGAGCGGCCGCAUCAAGGGCAGCGGAACCUUUUCGCCGUCUUUUGGCAUCGGCAAGUAUACGUUGCACUUUUGCGCUGACUUUCGCGGCGCAGAGGUUCGGGACACUGGCGUUUUCAGCGACGAUGGAGCCGUGAAUGGGACACAGACCCUGGAUUCUUCCUCUGGUGGUUCUACCGCUGGGGCUUGGGUGUGGUUUGAACGCCCAAAGUCUAACGAAAUACUCGCUAGGGUGGGACUGUCGUUCAUGAGCACUGCCCAGGCUUGUAAAAACGCCGAAGCUGAGAUUGGUGACUUCGACUUCCAGGCCACCAGAGCGACUGCCGAAAAGGCGUGGCGAAAGAAGCUCAGUGUUGUAUCCGUGGACAACUCCGGCAUUUCCAAGUCAAUACAGAGGUCCUUUUGGAGUAGCAUUUAUCGCUCCUUCAUAUCGCCGCAGGACUACACUGGGGAGAAUCCGCUGUGGCAGAGCGAUGAGCCCUACUUUGACUCGUACUAUUGCAUUUGGGACAGCCAUAGGACCACACAUCCUCUUCUGACGCUUCUCGACCCCCAUGCUCAAGCCCUCAUGGGCGGCAGCAACGCCGAUAACGUCUUGGCCGACUCUUACUUGAAAGGCUUGAAGGACGGCAUUGACUGGAAGAUGGGCUACGAGGCGGUUGUGUCCGAUGCCGAAGUGCAGCCGCGGGAUUGGACUGUCGAGGGCCGCGGCGGUGUUGGCCUCCAUACGCGAUCCGUUUCCCGCACUAUUGAGUACGCGUACAAUGACUUUUGCAUUGCCAAGAUGGCCCGUGCUAUGGGAAAGGCUGAAGAUGCAGAAAAGUAUCUGAAACGAUCCCAGAACUGGAUCAACGUGUUUGAUGCCAGCUCGCGAUCGAUUCUAAACCUCACAGGAAGCCCAGACGAGGGGGACCUAGUCGACAGUGGCUUCCGGGGCUUUGUGCAACCUCGAUACACCAACGGCACAUUUGGCUACCAGGAUCCGGCUCUCUGCAGUCCCAUGCUCGAAUUUACGGGGUGCUACCUCAACCCAGGCGGACACGAGACUUAUGAAGGAGGCGCUUGGCUCUACACGUUUUACGUGCCGCACGACCAAGCGACUCUGAUCAAGGCGCUCGGUGGCCCCGGUACGUUUGUCCGUCGGCUCGAAUACUUUCACAACACACCGGGACUGUUUUAUCUUGGCGACGAGCAGUCGUACCUGCUGCUCUUCCUCUUCCACUACGCAGGACGGCCUGGGCUCUCCGCCCAAUACGUGCACAAGUACAUUCCAAGCGCCUACAACGAUACGCUCAAUGGCAUCCCGGGCAACGACGACUCGGGCGCCAUGGGCAGCUUCGUGGCACUUGUCAUGAUGGGGAUAUUCCCCGUUGGAGGCCAGGACGUUUACCUUCUCGUGCCGCCCUUCUUCCGCGAAGCCAGCAUCACGAACCCACACAGCGGCAAGACGGCCACGAUUCGAAGCCACGGAUUCGACGAUGCCUACAAAAAUAUUUACAUACAAAGCGCUAAAAUGAAUGGCAAGCCAUACACCAAGUCUUGGAUAACGCACAGCUUCUUCACAGAAGGUGGGCUUUUGGAGCUUACUCUGGGCUCGCGAGAGAGUCCUACCUGGGGCACGAGGAAGGCAGACCUCCCGCCGAGUGCUCCGACGCAGUUCCAAAGAUAG